AAGUCUCGCCAAUAGUUUGACACAUGAUUUGGUGCCACAUAUGCAACAAAAACACAUCCAAGACAUCACUUACAGCAUCACAUCCCACACAAGACAACCCUCUGGACAGACAAUUGUGUUGUCACUAUUGUAUUGAAGUGUAGAUUAGUUUAGAUUAUAUAUUGUAAGCCAUGGAUGAGCUGAGGAAACGGAUCCAAGAGUUGGAAAAGGAGUUACAAAAUGAGAGACAAUCGAAAGAAUCGGCGAAUGAAGAGAAACGAAGACAAAAGAUCCAAACGAUGAGCGAUGAAGUCGUCGACUCUAACCCUUACAGUCGUCUGAUGGCACUGAAGAGGAUGGGAAUCGUUGACAACUAUGAGAAAAUCCGUGACUUUUCGGUGGCGAUCGUAGGGAUCGGUGGCGUCGGGUCUGUGACGGCAGAGAUGCUGACCCGAUGUGGUAUCGGAAAGCUAUUGCUGUUUGAUUACGAUAAGGUAGAGUUGGCUAAUAUGAAUCGGCUAUUCUUCCAGCCCUAUCAGUCGGGUAUGUCUAAAGUGGCCGCCGCUCACAACACCCUCUCCAACAUCAACCCAGACGUACAGUUCGAGACCUAUAACUAUAACAUUACGACAAUCGAUAACUUCAAUGACUUCUUGGAGAGAAUCAAAACGGGAGGAAUCGGCGGCAAAAACGUUGAUUUGGUUCUGAGUUGUGUCGACAACUUUGAGGCCCGAAUGGCCAUUAAUACGGCCUGUAAUGAACUCAACCAAACGUGGUUCGAGUCGGGCGUCAGUGAGAACGCUGUUUCGGGUCACAUACAGUACGUCAGGCCCGGAGAGACCGCUUGUUUUGCCUGUGCGCCGCCGUUAGUCGUCGCCUCCAAAAUCGACGAGAAAACCUUGAAGAAGGACGGCGUGUGUGCGGCCAGUCUUCCCACAACUAUGGGUAUUGUCGCCGGAUUUUUGGUUCAAAAUACGCUCAAAUAUCUGUUACAUUUCGGAACCGUAACUCAUUAUUUGGGUUACAAUGCUUUGGAGGACUUCUUCCCCACAAUGUCUAUGAAGCCGAACCCCAACUGCGACGACAGCUUCUGUAUGAAGAGACAGAAAGAGUUCAACGCUUUACCGAAGGCAGAGGAAGUGGCGGUUGUCGAAGAGGAUAUCGUUCACGAAGAGAACGAUUGGGGUAUUAGUGUUGUCGACGAGUCGGCACCUGUUGUAGAGAAUCUACAGAUCAGUUCUGGACUGAGACUGGCCUACAGUCACGGCGACAAUCAAAGAGACAGCGAAGACAUUCCGGCAGUCAGUGCUGCAAACGAACAGUCAUUAGAAGAAUUAAUGAAACAAAUGAAGCAAUUGUGAAGUGAUUCGUUAAAUUUUAAUACAUGUCAUACAUUGAGUAUAAAUAGGAAAAAACAAUUCAUUUCUACUAAAAGAUUUUGUAUAUUUUAUUUAAAUAUUGAUUAUAUAAUAGAGCCGUGGAUUUAUUUUAUAAUAUAAAUUUUGAUUUCAAAUAAAGUGUUAUUAAAAGGGAAA